AGAAUGGUGCGAUCACCGACCCCUUUGAUAACAGCCUAGCAGGCCGCAACCGGAAGCUCCCUUCAUCCACUCCCGCAGUGACAUAGCUCGUGUAGUACGGUAGACGUUAGAAACGUACAGUGCUAAUGAUGCCCCGCCUUCCGCUGAGGCUUAUGGUUGAGGCCCACAACACAAUUCCACGCCAUUUGCCAAAGUUGCUUUGAAUCUUCUCAAACCAUACAGAUCAAAUCCUAUAGUGAAGUGAAAUUCCAACAUGUCCUCUUCUGCUCUUCAGUCUAACUAUAAAGGAGCAAGCAUCGAUGGCGACGGAGAUUUUCUUUGCAGGUGCGGAUUCAGGAUGUACAAAUCGACAGUGAGUGACGGGAAAAGCCCAUAUUUUGGGAAGAAGUAUUUGGCAUGCAGACGAGGGAGAAAAAGCGCAGACCGGUGCCGGCUUUUCAUCUGGGACGAGGAACUCCCUCAGAUAAAGCUUCCACUCUCUUCGUCUUCUGAACCUGCAACACCCAAAAGAACGUCAGAUAUCCGACAAUAUGGAAUUCUCACGCCAGUUACCAGUUCAAGAAAAGUACAUCCUGCCGUAGACAGGGCCAGUGGCGGGAACAAACCGAGCCAAAUCACAUUCUCAGCCCAGGCGAAGAAACGUUCACUAUUUUCGACUCCCGGGCAAGUCCCCAAAAAACCGAGAAUAGUGUGUACACCAUCUCGGUCGCCUAGCCCUACGCCAUCCAAAUCUCUCGUUAAUGGCAGCCCUGCAUCUGGUCUUAAUGAUACGUUCUUAUCGUCAAGACCAGAAACCAUGCAUUUUAUGAGGGGCGGAUCGCGCAGAUGGGAAGAUUACGAGAAGGAUUUAUCAAUGACACCUACCAAGCACAAAUCCCACGUGAGGGAUUUCGAUCAGAAAGGUGGGAAAACAGAAGCGGAAGAGGGAAAAGAUGAAGAUCUUCUUUCUGACUGGGAUGAUACCAUCGUCUCAGAAGUGAUACGGAUCGCCAAUAGUCCUAUUUGAGUCUUAUUGUUUGAACACCCUAGGCAUGAGAUAGGAUGCUAGUACUUAGGAGAGGUGAGGGCGAGGAUAUUUUCGGCAAAAUUUCAAUUCGCCUCAAGUUUAUUUUGGUUCCUUCCGAUAUUGUUUAGUGU